UCUUAUCCAAAUACAAAUCGACAAUGCCCUCUUAUUUUAAGACAUACUAGUACACUAGAUAGCAGAUACUAAUCAUGAUACCAAUAAUUUCCGCAUAAUUAUUUUCCUAUUCCACAAGAUACUUAUUAUUGUUCUAAACCUCUCGCUAAGUCUAUAUAUAGCUCCUCCAUCGUCAUUCCUCACCUUAACCACUCUGCUUCACUCUCCCUAUCUUCUCCCUCCCCUAAUCACAAAGCACAGAGAGAAACGAUCUUAAGAGAGAAGAAAAAGAUGAAUUCGAAGAUCAUCGAAGCUUUCUUCAUCGUUGCUCUCUUCGCUACCUCAUGCUUAGCUCAAGCUCCAGCUCCUACUCCCACAACCACCGUCACUUCUCCACCACCGGCAGCAACUCCCUCUCCGGCUACAACUCCUCCACCUGCCGCAACCCCUGCCCCCACCACUACUCCUCCGUCCACUGCUCCUUCUGCGUCUGAUGUCCCCACAGCUUCUCCACCUGCACCAGAAGGUCCCGGAGUUAGUCCCGGAGAUCUAGCCCCGACCCCUUCCGACGCUGCCGCUCCUCCACCUAACUCUGCUUUCUCCAGCAAAGCUUUCGUCGUUGGUACCGCUUUUGCCGCAGUUGUUUACGCCGUCGUUUUGGCUUAGGAUCACAUAUUGUUAUUUACAUGAUCGUAUAAACCAUUUUAUUAUCAAUAGUGUCGGUGUUAAUUUGAUUGAUGUUCGUUAUUUGAAUUGUUUGUUUUGAUCGAUCGGGGGAGAAUCGUAAAUUUAUUUACGGCCGACUUUAAAUGAGCUGUUGACACGUGUAACUUUUCGUGGUGUUGUCGAGGUUGGAAUAUGUUAUGUAAAUCAGAGUAAUAAUAGCUUAAUAAAAUCAUUACAUUAAUAAUGUC